UCUAUAUCUAUCCUUAACUUCUUGACAAUCAUCUCCAACAAACCCUUUAAUGCUUUUCUUGAACCAACACCAUAAGCAAAACCCAAUAUUCCAAUAAUGCCUCCUGUUCACUCUAGCCCGUUCUUUCAAAUGGAAAACCAAGCAAUACUAUCAUUGCUCCGGCACACAACUACUCCAGGAAAUGAGAAACGCACAAAGUCUUCAGGGGGUCUCUUGAAAAUGUUCAAGCUCUUCCCCAUGUUAACCUCAGGGUGCAAAAUGGUGGCACUAUUGGGAAGACCUCGAAAGCCUUUGCUCAAAGACAAUGCAACAACAGGGACUCUUUUCGGUUUUCGUAAAGGAAGAGUAACUCUAGCAAUACAAGAAGACCCUCAAUGCAUGCCAAUGUUUGUGAUAGAGCUACCAAUGCACACAAGUGUUUUUCACAAGGAAAUGGGGUCAGAUUUAGUCAGAAUUGCGCUAGAGAGUGAAACAAAAACUCACAAGAAGAAACUGUUGGAGGAGUUUGUUUGGGCAGUUUACUGUAAUGGAAGAAAGAUGGGGUACUCUAUUAGGAGGAAACAAAUGUCAGAUGAUGAACUUUAUGUGAUGCAACAUUUGCGAGGUGUGUCAAUGGGAGCUGGGGUUCUUCCAAGUCAGUCUGAGAAAGACAUAGCAGACGGGGAAUUGACGUACAUAAGGGCUAGAUUCGAAAGAGUUGUUGGAUCAAAGGAUUCUGAAUCUUUGUACAUGAUAAAUCCAGAUGGUGCAGCAGGGCCAGAAUUGAGUAUUUUCUUUGUAAGAGGUCAUUAGAAUUACUUAAUUUUGUGUUCCUUUCUAGGUUUAUUUUGUAAAAUUAUUAAGCUUUUUUUGCUGUUGUUAAAUUACAUAAAACCAUUUCCUCAA